UCGACAUGUCGGGGAAAAAACGGACGCAGUGAAUAGUGAAAUAUGGUUUUACUGUUUUAGUUUGACUGCGCUUUUCGCGUUAAGUAACUGAAUAAAUUUACAAAUCUUGAUGGUAAACAGUCCGCCAAACCGAAACGACCAAGUAGGUCGACGACCCACUGACAAACAUAAUCUUUGACUUGCGAUUAACGGAUGAUGGAGUCGUAAUCGCGCAAAAAUAAAAAUUUUAUUGGACGAGAGCUGGCGUGUUCCUACCCGGAGCAAAAUACUGCUUCGGAAGUUCGUUGAUAUUCUUCCGUCGCGGAAAGUUUGGCAAUAUAUUUCGGGCUAAUCCGGAAGUAACUUCUUUGCUGUUGUAACAGAAGUUUUCGCUGGGUCGUUAAAUGCUCCCCGUAUUUGAAAAAAUAAAAAGUUAUUUACGUUGGACUUUGCUCACUUUCGAGCCACUAGCAGCGCAGGAACGCAUCGAGUUUUUGAAAAGGAUCAAGUUGUUAAUUUGGGUGUUGAAGAUUUCACGAAAUGCACAAGUUAACUCGGUAUCUCCUAACAGUCACAUUAAAACGGCCCUUGUUACACAGAAAUUUCUCUCAAACGAGGAAUAGAAAAAAAUCAUAUAUAAAAAAUGGCUUCAUUUUUUGCAACGUGGGGAUCGGAGGUGGCACUCUUGCAUACCUGGCAACUACAGCUCUAGUCAAAGACACCGAAGAUAAAGAAAAAUAUGUGUCAUACGUGGGAGGCAUACCACGAUUUCUGCGUUCCAUAAAAGUAGGACUCCUCAUCUCCUUCGACUACUACUUCUCCAUGAUAGGUCUCUCCGAAUCCUCCCCCAACUUCCAGGUGAUGAUGAGUCGCAUCCACCAAAGAGCAGCCAAUAGAAUCCUAGAAGCCUGUCUCACCAACGGCGGCCCCUACAUCAAAAUGGGCCAAGGUCUAGUCUCCAUGAGUCACAUCUUACCCAAAGAAUACAUCCAAACAUUGAAAGCCCUCCAAGACAAAUGUCUAACCCGAGGCGCCGACGAGGUCGUCAAACUCUUCAAAGAAGACUUCGGCAAAUCCCCAACCGAGAUGUUCGAGUCCUUCGACACCACCCCGAUCGCCGCCGCGAGUCUAGCACAAGUCUUCAGAGCCAAAACCACAACCGGCGACGAAGUCGCCGUCAAAGUACAAUACAUUGAUCUCCGAAAACGUUUCAUCAGCGACGUCUACACCAUCAAGCUUCUGCUCAGAGGGAUCGGGUUCAUGCACCCGGAUUUCAAUUUCGGGUGGGUCCUAGAGGAAAUCGUGGAUACUUUGAAGCAGGAGCUGGAUUUCGUGAAUGAGGGGAGGAACGCGGAACGGUGUGCCAAUGAUUUGAAGAAGUUUAAUUACGUUUACGUUCCUAAAAUCUACUGGGAUUACACGAGCACGAGGGUUCUGGUGAUGGAGUAUAUUGAUGGGCGCAAGAUCAGCGAUGUCACGUUUUUGAAAGAGCAUAAGUUUUCGCUGAAGGAGAUUAAUGUUAAGUUGUUUGAGAUUUUCGGGCACCAGAUUUUUCAAUGUGGGUUUGUGCAUGCGGAUCCUCAUGCCGGAAAUAUUUUGGUAAGGCGAGUUGAUGGAAACACACAGCUGGUUUUACUAGAUCAUGGACUAUACCAAACGCUCAAACCGGAACAUAUGACAGAUCUAAGUCACAUGUGGAAAGCCAUAGUAUUACGGGACCACAAAAAUAUGAAGUUCUAUGCAAAGCAAUUUGGAGUUGAUGAUUAUGUAACUUUUGCUGAAAUUCUGACGCAAGCGCCACUAAGAAGGCUUCAGUUCCAGCUGAAAGCUAAACUCUCUGAAGAAGAUUUAAAACAUAUCACCAUGGUAGCGAGGACGAAGUUUAAUGCUAUUAUGGUAACGUUAAAAGUGAUUCCCACGUCUCUGUUACUUGUUAUAAGGAAUUUAAAUACCAUAAGAGCCAUAGCACACGCCCAUGGCAAUCCCAUUGACAGAUACGCAGUUCUAGCGCGAGCAGCCACCCAAAAGGCUUUCUUGUCUGAUGCUUCAAGCAAAGGGAUAUUCAACAUACCUUCAAAAAUGGCUUUUGAAGUUAGACUAUUCGUAAUCAAAGUGUCUACUUGGCUAAGAAAUACGGUCAACAGUAUCUUAAUUUGGUUAGGCUUAAUUCCAGACUUUAGGAAAAUUAUUGCUUCAGGGAUGAGUUAAUUUUUUUGUACAUGUUAUACAUACAUAAAAUAAAGUUUAUUGUUGUGUUACAA